AUGAUAGUGAAGGACACAGGAGCGCAGGCUGCAGACCACACCCUGACAGUGAAGGACACAGGAGCGCAGGCUGCAGACCACACCCUGACAGUGAAGGACACAGGAGCGCAGGCUGCAGACCACACCCUGACAGUGAAGGACACAGGAGCGCAGGCUGCAGACCACACCCUGACAGUGAAGAAGGAUGUAGAACAUGUUCAAUAUACUGUGUGUGAGGAAGAGGGGGAGGAGGGGGAGGAGGAAGAGGGGGAGGGUGUUAAAGCUGUGGACGGUGUAAACUGUGGUGUUAACUGCGAGGUGGAGGUGGAUGAGUGUGAGCCGGGCCCCUGUCAGAACGGGGCCACGUGUCUGGACCUAGUGGCUCGGUACCGGUGCCAGUGCGUCCCGGGCUUCGAGGGCCCGGACUGUGAGGUGGACAUCGACGAGUGCAGCAGCGCCCCCUGUCUGCACCACGGCCUCUGUGUGGACGCCGUCAACAGACUGAGACCCGGUCCACAGGGUCAGACUGAGACCCGAGACCCGGUCCACAGGGUCAGACUGAGACCCGGUCCACAAGCUCACAAUACCUGCACUGGAGGAGGAGCAGAGAGGAGGAGCAGAGAGGAGGAGCAGAGAGGAGGAGCAGAGAGGAGGAGCAGAGGGGAGGAGCAGAGAGGAGGAGCAGAGAGGAGGAGCAGAGAGGAGGAGCAGAGAGGAGGAGCAGAGGGGAGGAGCAGAGAGGAGGAGCAGAGAGGAGGAGCAGAGAGGAGGAGCAGAGAGGAGGAGCAGAGGGGAGGAGCAGAGGGGAGGAGCAGAGAGGAGGAGCAGAGGGGAGGAGCAGAGAGGAGGAGCAGAGAGGAGGAGCAGAGGGGAGGAGCAGAGGGGAGGAGCAGAGAGGAGGAACUGAGGGGAGGAGCAGAAAGGAGGAGCAGAGGGGAGGAGCAGAGGGGAGGAGCAGAGGGGAGGAGCAGAGGGGAGGAGCAGAUGGGAGGAGCAGAGAGGAGGAGCAGAGAGGAGGAUCAGAGGGGAGGAGCAGAUGGGAGGAUCAGAGGGGAGGAGCAGCGAGGAGGAGCAGAGGGGAGGAGCAGAGAUGAGGAGCAGAGAGGAGGAGCAGAGAGGAGGAGCAGAGGGGAGGCGCAGAGGGAAGGAGACUGGAGGAGGAGCAGAGAGGAGGAGCAGAGGGAAGGAGCAGAGAGGAGGAGCAGAGAGGAGGAGCAGAAAGGAGGAGCAGAGGGGAGGGGCAGUGACGAGGAGCAGAGAGGAGGAGACUGGAGGAGGAGCAGAGAGGAGGAGCAGAGGGGAGCAGCAGAGAGGAGGAGACUGGAGGAGGACACUGGAGGAGGAGCAGAGAGGAGGAGGAGAGAGGAGGAGCAGAAAGGAGGAGCAGAGGGGAGGGGCAGUGACGAGGAGCAGAGAGGAGGAGACUGGAGGAGGAGCAGAGAGGAGGAGCAGAGGGGAGCAGCAGAGAGGAGGAGACUGGAGGAGGACACUGGAGGAGGAGCAGAGAGGAGGAGGAGAGAGGAGGAGCAGAGAGGAGGAGCAGAGGGGAGGGGCAGUGACGAGGAGCAGAGAGGAGGAGACUGGAGGAGGAGCAGAGAGGAGGAGCAGAUGGGAGGAGCAGAGAGGAGGAGCAGAGAGGAGGAGAAGAGGACAGAGACCUCUCCAACAUACAUGUCGUACCAGUGUGUGUGUGAUGGUACUGGUUUCGUGGGGCUUCACUGUGAGGAGGACAUCCCUGAAUGUGCCUCAGACCCGUGUCAGAACGGAGCCACGUGUUUGGACGGAGUCAACCGCUUCUACUGCCAGUGCUGGGCAGGUACCACCUCCUCCCACCUCCUCCUCUCACACCCACCUCCUCUCACAUUCACCUCCUCCUCUCACCUCCUCUCACACUCACCUCCUCUCACACUCACCUCCUCCUCUUUCACCUCCUCUCACACUCACCUCCUCCUCUUUCACCUCCUCUCACACUCACCUCCUCACACUCACCACCUCACCCUCACCUCCUCUCACACUCACCUCCUCCUCUUUCACCUCCUCUCACACUCACCAACUCACCCUCACCUCCUCACCUCCUCCUCUUUCACCUCCUCUCACACUCACCUCCUCCUCUUUCACCUCCUCUCACACUCACCUCCUCCUCUUUCACCUCCUCUCACACUCACCUCCUCACACUCACCACCUCACCCUCACCUCCUCUCACACUCACCUCCUCCUCUUUCACCUCCUCUCACACUCACCUCCUCCUCUUUCACCUCCUCUCACACUCACCUCCUCACACUCACCACCUCACCCUCACCUCCUCUCACCUCCUCACACCCUCACCUCCUCUCACCUCCUCACACCCUCACCUCCUCUCACAUUCACCUCCUCCUCUUUCACCUCCUCUCACACUCACCUCCUCUCACCUCCUCACACCCUCACCUCCUCACACUCACCACCUCACCCUCACCUCCUCUCACCCUCACCUCCUCCUCUUUCACCUCCUCUCACACGCACCUCCUCUCACCUCCUCUCACCCUCACCUCCUCCUCUUUCACCUCCUCUCACACGCACCUCCUCUGGCUGGAGGUUAUGAAGGGGACCUCACAUGUGACCUCCUCUGCAGGUUAUGAAGGGGACCUCACAUGUGACCUCCCUCUGCAGGUUUUGAAGGGGACCUCACAUGUGACCUCCUCUGCAGGUUAUGAAGGGGACCUCACAUGUUAUGAAGGGGACCUCUGUGAGGUGGACAUAGACGAAUGCCUGUGGGAGCCCUGUGCUCACGGAGGUCAGUGUUUCCAGCGCUCGGACGUCCUGCUCUACGACCGUCUGCCUGAGCUCAGCUCCUCCUCCUUCAGCUUCGCAGACGCCGUGGGCUUCAUCUGCCGCUGUCAGCCGGGAUACAGCGGAGAGAACUGUUCUGUGAACGUGGACGAGUGUGAGUCUGAGCCGUGUGUGAACGGAGGCCGCUGUGAGGACCGGGUCAACGCCUUCUCCUGUGUCUGUGCCGCGGGAUACACCGUCUGUCUGCACACAAUGACCUGCACCUCCCUGCGACUGGCACCUCCUUCUGCACCUCCCUGCGACUGUCACCUCCCUCUGCACCUCCCUGCGACUGUCACCUCCCUCUGUACCUCCCUGCGACUGUCACCUCCUUCUGCACCUCCCUGCGACUGUCACCUCCCUCUGUACCUCCCUGCGACUGUCACCUCCCUCUGUACCUCCCUGCGACUGUCACCUCCUUCUGCACCUCCCUGCGACUGUCACCUCCCUCUGUACCUCCCUGCGACUGUCACCUCCCUCUGUACCUCCCUGCGACUGUCACCUCCUUCUGCACCUCCCUGCGACUGUCACCUCCCUCUGCACCUCCCUGCGACUGUCACCUCCCUCUGUACCUCCCUGCGACUGUCACCUCCUUCUGCACCUCCCUGCGACUGUCACCUCCCUCUGCACCUCCCAGCGAUUGGCACCUCCUUCUGCACCUCCCUGCGACUGUCACCUCCUUCUGCACCUCCCUGCGACUGGCACCUCCUUCUGCACCUCCCUGCGACUGGCACCUCCUUCUGCACCUCCCUGCGACUGGCACCUCCUUCUGCACCUCCCUGCGACUGGCACCUCCCUCUGUACCUCCCUGCGACUGUCACCUCCCUCUGCACCUCCCUGCGACUGUCACCUCCCUCUGUACCUCCCUGCGACUGUCACCUCCUUCUGCACCUCCCUGCGACUGUCACCUCCUUCUGCACCUCCCUGCGACUGUCACCUCCCUCUGUACCUCCCUGCGACUGUCACCUCCUUCUGCACCUCCCUGCGACUGUCACCUCCUUCUGCACCUCCCUGCGACUGUCACCUCCCUCUGUACCUCCCUGCGACUGUCACCUCCUUCUGCACCUCCCUGCGACUGUCACCUCCUUCUGCACCUCCCUGCGACUGUCACCUCCCUCUGUACCUCCUUGCGACUGUCACCUCCCUCUGUACCUCCCUGCGACUGUCACCUCCCUCUGUACCUCCCUGCGACUGUCACCUCCCUCUGCACCUCCCUGCGACUGUCACCUCCCUCUGUACCUCCCUGCGACUGUCACCUCCUUUUGCACCUCCCUGCGACUGUCACCUCCUUUUGCACCUCCCUGCGACUGUCACCUCCCUCUGUACCUCCCUGCGACUGUCACCUCCUUUUGCACCUCCCUACGACUGUCACCUCCCUCUGUACCUCCCUGCGACUGUCACCUCCUUCUGCACCUCCCUGCGACUGUCACCUCCUUUUGCACCCUCCCUGCGACUGUCACCUCCUUUUGCACCUCCCUGCGACUGUCACCUCCCUCUGCACCUCCCUGCGACUGUCACCUCCUUCUGUACCUCCCUGCAACUGUCACCUCCUUCUGCACCUCCCUGCGACUGUCACCUCCUUUUGCACCUCCCUGCGACUGUCAUCUCCUUCUGCACCUCCCUGCGACUGUCACCUCCCUCUGUACCUCCCUGCGACUGUCACCUCCUUCUGCACCUCCCUGCGACUGUCACCUCCUUUUGCACCUCCCUGCGACUGUCACCUCCUUCUGCACCUCCCUGCGACUGUCACCUCCUUUUGCACCUCCCUACGACUGUCACCUCCCUCUGUACCUCCCUGCGACUGUCACCUCCUUCUGCACCUCCCUGCGACUGUCACCUCCUUUUGCACCUCCCUGCGACUGUCACCUCCUUUUGCACCUCCCUGCGACUGUCACCUCCCUCUGCACCUCCCUGCGACUGUCACCUCCUUCUGUACCUCCCUGCAACUGUCACCUCCUUCUGCACCUCCCUGCGACUGUCACCUCCUUUUGCACCUCCCUGCGACUGUCAUCUCCUUCUGCACCUCCCUGCGACUGUCACCUCCCUCUGUACCUCCCUGCGACUGUCACCUCCCUCUGUACCUCCCUGCGACUGUCACCUCCUUCUGCACCUCCCUGCGACUGUCACCUCCUUUUGCACCUCCCUGCGACUGUCACCUCCCUCUGUACCUCCCUGCGACUGUCACCUCCUUCUGCACCUCCCUGCGACUGUCACCUCCUUCUGCACCUCCCUGCGACUGUCACCUCCUUUUGCACCUCCUUGCGACUGUCACCUCCUUUUGCACCUCCCUGCAACUGUCACCUCCCUCUGUACCUCUCUGCGACUGUCACCUCCUUUUGCACCUCCCUGCGACUGUCACCUCCCUCUGUACCUCCCUGCGACUGUCACCUCCUUCUGCACCUCCCUGCGACUGUCACCUCCUUUUGCACCUCCCUGCGACUGUCAUCUCCUUCUGCAGCUCCCUGCGACUGUCACCUCCCUCUGUACCUCCCUGCGACUGUCACCUCCCUCUGUACCUCCCUGCGACUGUCACCUCCCUCUGUACCUCCCUGCGACUGUCACCUCCCUCUGUACCUCCCUGCGACUGUCACCUCCUUUUGCACCUCCCUGCGACUGUCACCUCAUUCUGCACCUCCCUGCGACUGUCACCUCCCUCUGCACCUCCCUGCGACUGUCACCUCCUUCUGCACCUCCCUGCGACUGUCACCUCCUUUUGCACCUCCCUGCGACUGUCACCUCCCUCUGUACCUCCCUGCGACUGUCACCUCCUUCUGCACCUCCCUGCGACUGUCACCUCCUUCUGCACCUCCCUGCGACUGUCACCUCCUUUUGCACCUCCUUGCGACUGUCACCUCCUUUUGCACCUCCCUGCAACUGUCACCUCCCUCUGUACCUCUCUGCGACUGUCACCUCCUUUUGCACCUCCCUGCGACUGUCACCUCCCUCUGUACCUCCCUGCGACUGUCACCUCCUUCUGCACCUCCCUGCGACUGUCACCUCCUUUUGCACCUCCCUGCGACUGUCAUCUCCUUCUGCACCUCCCUGCGACUGUCACCUCCCUCUGUACCUCCCUGCGACUGUCACCUCCCUCUGUACCUCCCUGCGACUGUCACCUCCCUCUGUACCUCCCUGCGACUGUCACCUCCCUCUGUACCUCCCUGCGACUGUCACCUCCUUUUGCACCUCCCUGCGACUGUCACCUCAUUCUGCACCUCCCUGCGACUGUCACCUCCUUCUGCACCUCCCUGCGACUGUCACCUCCUUUUGCACCUCCCUGCGACUGUCAUCUCCUUCUGCACCGCCCUGCGACUGUCACCUCCCUCUGUACCUCCCUGCGACUGUCACCUCCCUCUGUACCUCCCUGCGACUGUCACCUCCCUCUGUACCUCCCUGCGACUGUCACCUCCCUCUGUACCUCCCUGCGACUGUCACCUCCCUCUGCACCUCCCUGCGACUGUCACCUCCUUCUGCACCUCCCUGCGACUGUCACCUCCUUUUGCACCUCCCUGCGACUGUCACCUCCCUCUGUACCUCCCUGCGACUGUCACCUCAUUCUGCACCUCCCUGCGACUGUCACCUUCUGCACCUCCCUGCGACUGUCACCUCCUUUUGCACCUCCCUGCGACUGGCACCUCCCUCUGUACCUCCCUGCGACUGUCACCUCAUUCUGCACUUCCCUGCGACUGUCACCUCCUUCUGCACUUCCCUGCGACUGUCACCUCCUUCUGCACUUCCCUGCGACUGGCACCUCCUUCUGCACCUCCUUCUACCAGAAACAAAGCCAAUAACAGGUGCCAUAUGUCGGGGGGGGGGGGUCUGCAGGGAGGUGGGGGUCUGCAGGGGGGGGGGGUCUGCAGAGAGGUGGGGGUCUGUAGGGGGGGGGGGUCUGCAGAGAGAGAGGGGGGGGUCUGCAGGGGGGGGGGUCUGCAGAGAGGUGGGGGUGUGCAGGGGGGGGGGUCUGCAGAGAGGUGGGGGUCUGUAGGGGGGGGGUCUGCAGAGAGGUGGGGGUCUGUAGGGGGGGGGGGGUCUGCAGAGAGGUGGGGGUCUGUAGGGGGGGGGGUCUGCAGAGAGGUGGGGGUCUGUAGGGGGGGGGUCUGCAGAGAGGUGGGGGUCUGUAGGGGGGGGGGGGUCUGCAGAGAGGUGGGGGUCUGCAGGGGGGGGGGUCUGCAGAGAGGUGGGGGUCUGCAGGGGGGGGGGUCUGCAGAGAGGUGGGGGUCUGCAGAGAGGUGGGGGGGGGGGUCUGUAGGGGGGGGGGUCUGCAGAGAGGUGGGGGUCUGUAGGGGGGGGGGUCUGCAGAGAGGUGGGGGUCUGCAGGGGGGGGGGUCUGCAGAGAGGUGGGGGUCUGCAGAGAGGUGGGGGGGGGGGGUCUGUAGAGACGUGGGGGUCUGCAGGGGGGGGGGUCUGCAGAGAGGUGGGGGUCUGUAG